UGUCAAGAAGAACAGACCCCAAGUAGUUCGAAUGUUCCAAUGAAAGUUGGAGUCAAAUCAAGACAAUUUAGUAGAUGUUAUAGGUUUGUUUUGUAUCCGAAAAGGUUUAUUUGUUUAUUGUUGGGAUGUUUUGAAUGAGUGCUUGGCGCGUUUAGAUCACAUCGUUUGUAAGAGAACAUGGCAUCCCAUUCAGAUGAUGAUGACCAGGAUGUUGAUGUCGAUGAGUUCCAAGAUGCUUGUGAUAAUUCAAAUUUUCCGACAUUACCAGAAGACAUGACAUUGGACAAAGCUAUGGCCGAAGCUCAAAAGGCAAUCACCUACUUUUUCAAUAAUCAAUUUUCAGAAGCUAGAAAUAUGAUGAUUCCAUACGCAGACAGCAGCAUGUAUCAUGCUCUUGGAAACUCUGUAUUCUUAUAUUUGGAAGCUUUACUUACUUUCGAUCCUCAAAACAUACAAGCAGCUUCCAAAGCUUUGAAAGAUUCAAUCAGAGUAUGUAACCGAUACAGAAAAAAGAACACAUUGGGCGAAUCUUUGGGUAAGAUGGUGCGUAGAAACAACUUUGACCAAUUCACUGAAGAGGAAGCCCAUGCUGAACUCUGUUACGCAGAAUGCUUAUUGUUGAAAUCAAUGCUCACAUUCAUCGAGGAUGAAACUUUGGCCAGUUUCAUCAAAGCAGGAUUCAAAAUUAGAUCCUGCUUCAACUGCUAUAGAGACUGCCAACAAAUUCUCAAUAAAAGAAAUUGGGAUGCCUCUACCACAAAACAACAUUUCGAAGGAGGUGUCAUGAUGGGAAUCGGAACAUUCAAUUUAAUGAUCUCCAUGUUACCAGCAAGAAUCAUAAAAUUGCUGGAAUUCAUAGGCUUUUCUGGAAACAAAGAAUUGGGGCUGAACGACUUGCAAAAAGGAUAUCAUUUAGAAGGCAUACGCCAAAUAUUAUGUAUAAUGACUCUAUUGGGUUAUCACCUUAUGGUGCUAUACAUUGUGAGCCAUUCUGAGGGUGAUCUUAGAAUAUGUGAUGAAAUUUUGAAGAAACAGCUUGAGAAACAUCCAAACGGGGUUUGGUUUCUGUUCUUCAAGGCUAGGAUGGAGUUUAUGAAAGGUAAUCUAGACCUAUCAAAAGAAUGGUACUUAAAAUCUUGGCGCUCUCAGAAUACAUGGCCACAAUUUCAUCAUGUAUGUUUUUGGGAGCUACUGUGGGUUGAAAGUGUGAGAUGCAAUUGGAAGCAAGCACUUGAAUAUAGUAAUCUUUUAAUAAAAGAUAGUAAAUGGUCUAGAACAAUAUACAGUUACCAAAAAGCAGCUAUAAUGUUGAUGAUGGACGAUAUCUCUCCUAGUGACAGAGAAAUAAUCAAUAAUCUCAUGAAAGAUGUACCGAAAUAUAAACAACGUAUUGCGGGGAAAUCCAUACCUAUGGAAAAGUUUGUUAUAAAAAAAGCAGAGCGGUAUUUCAAUCAGCAACAAAAUCUAAUCUUGCCAGUUAUAGAAUUAAUGUAUUUAUGGAAUUUAUUUAAAGUAUUCAAACAAUUUAACAUAACAGACAGGGUAUAUAAAUUGCUGGAAAAGACAUUAGCUAGUCUGCCUUCCAACAAUUCCAAGUCAAAAUAUGACGCAGACAAUAGAGCUCUCAUCCUCCUAUUACAAGGGGCUUGUCUGAGAAGAAUGGAUAGUCCUCUUCAAGCUUUGGACUGCUUGGAGAAUGCUAUAGCUUUGCAAAAAGAAAUUGUGGAUGACAACUAUCUGAUUCCUUAUGCUAUUGUUGAAUUGGCCCUCAUCGAAUGGGAACAGGGUAAUCGAGAAAAGGCUGUUCUAGCUCUAGAAGAUGCUCGGAAAAACUAUACUGGAUAUUCCAUGGAAUCAAGACUACAUUUCAGGAUCCACACAGCUCUAACAGAGUAUAAACCAGAAUUGAAAAGCUCUCAAGACACUCAUUUGUGAAAUUGAUGUUAUUUUUGUUAUGUUUGAUACUACUCAUUAAAUUUUAUUUCGUUCAAUGUUAAUGAUUUCAUAUCUUUUAAUAAUGUAGUUGUUCCUAUAAAAGGUCAUAGAGCAUUUAUUGUUGUGGCUGUGUUAUAAUUUUAUCAUUGAAACUAUAUAAAUUAUCGAAGGCGUUUCUUUUAAAA